AUGCCUGCAAAAACUCGCACGAAUCCAUACGCCCUUCCACGACAAGCAAGUCCACGAGUUCCCAGUCCAACUCAAAAACAAGCAACACCAGUCACAGGCAAACCGGCUUCAGUUGGCCGCCAGACCAAAUGUCGUACUCCCAGUGGUUCACAGACUGUCAUUUCAGCUGAUCAAGACGGACAGAGCAAAGGCAAGGGACGAAAGGAUUCCAACACGCUUUCGAAUGCCUCUAAAUCUCGACCAAAAUCGAAUUCUCCUGUAUCCUCUCCAGCUGCUCCCUUAUUCUUGGAAGAUGAUCUUGAUGAUCUCAACGGAGGAGGAGGUAAUCAUGAUGAUGACGAUAACGAUGACGAUGACGAUGACUACAAUCACAAUGAUGAAAAUUCAGAAAAUCACGAUGAAGAUUUCGACAUUCAAAACAAUAAAGAAGAGUCUGAGCAUAGUAACAAUGAAUUCGCUGAUCCAAAUGAGGUUGAUGAUGAUGAUGCUGCUGCUGCUGCGUCUGGAUCUGGAGAGAAUUUGCCUCCUGGAGGAUCGGCUUUGACUCCAUUUCUCAAUGGUGAACGCUUACGAAAUUUUAACAAAUUAGCAAAAACGGCUGGACUCAAUGAUGACUUUAAGGUCAUGGGACGUGUCCUCUGCAAUCUCGACGGGAGUGCAGACGAUUUUACAUCAUUGAGUGUUGCCCUGCUAUCGGCACGACAAGAAAUCCGUAAUUAUCACGAGGAGGCAAAUGGUAAGAUUACCCAGUUGUUGGAGAGUUUAGCAUGUUUAACAGCCCCAAAAGCAGGAUGGACCGCGUCCCAUGAGCUCAGGCAAACCGCACGUAUGAUAGCCACUCAGUGCAUAAUCACGGGUGAUGUGCAAGCAUACACAGCCACCGCGAACAAGGAAGGUAGUCAAGAACAUCUUCCUCGCUCCUUAUGUGCGAAGCUAAUGGCCAAAAUCCUUGAUAAUCCUUCUGAAUGGAGAAAACGAUUGCUACCAGCGCGAUAUGGGAAAAAUCCGGACCCUGUGGACUCAAGAGACUUUCAAAAGUGGAUCAACGUCAUUUUGAAAGAGAUCAGAAAGGACUUGAAUAAGAUUCUCCUCACAAACAUCCACCUUCCCAUCCGAGUUAAGAAGACCCCAUCAAAGUUGAAUGUGCCAACCAUUGAGACAUUGAUUGUCAAGGCAAGUAUUUACGAAAGAGAGCAUGAUUUCAUUGGAGGCAAGGUGCGCGUGCGUGAAGAAAUUCUUCCGGGAAAUGCAAGCUAUAUACACUGGGGAUGGAAUACACAAGACUAUAGCAACAAGACCUUCUGGGGAGUCGUGGAUGAAAAAUUGGAGGAAUUGCGUAGCAAGUCUGUUCGGUAUCGUUAUGCGUUCUUUCUUGAGGUUUUACGCCAAGACUUUGAUCGAUUUGAUGGCGAAAGAACCUUUGCCGAAAUCCAGAAAACCACCAAGUUCGAGUUGCCAACCGAAGAAGAAGUCCAGGCCCAAAUACAGCACCUAGAAGAAACUCAUGGAGCCAGAGUGGUACCAGCAGAGCUCGACCAUACAGAAGCUGUGUGA